AUGGACUGGACGUUCCUAAAGCAUAUUGACAUUGACAUUCAGGGCCGCAUCCUGUUCACCAAUGAUACAGACUACUGGCAGGCCAACUCGUUCAGGUUCAUCUUCCAGAACGUCACUACGUUCUUCAAGCUCGGUGGAGAGGACGUGUUCAUCUAUGGAGGUGGCACACUCGACGGUAAUGGACAGCUGUGGUACGACACGUAUGCGGCAGACAUUUACACGCUUAGGCCUGUGCUCGUCGGCAUCGAUGGACUACGUGACAGUAUCCUAUCAGAUCUGGUGCUGCGUUAUAGCCCACAGUACUAUCACUUCGUCGCCAAUGCAACCAAUGUUGUGUUCAACAACAUAGACAUAGCCGGUGGAAGUACGAGCAAGAACCUCGCGAAGAACACCGACGGCUGGGACACGUACCGCAGUAAAGAUGUCACCAUUAUGAACAGCGUUAUCAACAAUGGCGAUGACUGUGUCUCCUUCAAGCCCAACAGCACCGACAUCCUGGUCCAGUCGCUGUUUUGCAACGGCUCGCACGGCAUCUCCGUCGGUUCGCUAGGCCAGUACGUUGGGGAGUUCGACAUUGUUGAGGAUGUGUACGUUGCCAACAUUAGCAUGCACAAUGCCACGGACGGAGCACGCAUCAAGGUGUGGCCCAACACACCUUCGGCCAUGUCUGGCGACCUACAGGGCGGAGGAGGCUCCGGGCGUGUCAACAACAUCACAUAUGACGGCAUGGUCAUCGACAACGUGGACUAUGCCAUUGAGAUCACCCAGUGCUACGGCCAGAAGAACCUUACACUCUGCCAAGAGUAUCCGUCACCACUGACCAUCAGCAACAUUGUGUUCAAAGACUUCACUGGUAAGACCAGCACCAAGUACCAACCGCAAAUCGGUGCAUUUGCUUGCUCCAGCGACACCGUAUGUGGCGAUAUCACGGCCAGCACUAUCAACGUGCUGAGCCCCAAUGGCACGCACGAAGCAUACUGCUUGAAUAUGGACCAGUCAACGCUCGAUGUGACAUGUACAUCCACAUGGCUGGGAUUCAACUAA